AUAAAUUAAGUUGGCUCUGGAUUUAUUUGCCCAAUUGGAUAUCUGCCACAAAAUUUCAUUAAAAUAGUUCGGACAGAAGAAAAGUUUUUACUCUUCCUUGGCUGGUCAAUACAAAUAUGUAAAAUUUUAUAGUGGCUUAUAAUUAAACUGAAUACCGAAAAAUUGAUCGACAAUUUGGGCGUCGUAUAAAUGUACAAGCUGCCAAUGUCUUCAAUAGCCAUCGUACAGCUGUUUUAUAGAUACCCGUCGUUUGGUCGCAAGCUUGUUAAUACAUCAAGGGCGUUGACCUUUGGCUUAUGGCGCACAGCGGUCGGCACACUUAAGGAGGUGGCCGACGAACCGGCAAAUCCUGAUGAAAUUUACGGGGCGUGGAAAAAGCCAGACUGCAGUUUGUGUUUUGGAUUCCAAUCUUGCCUACAUUGCUGCAACACAAAAGCGUCUUUGGUAUUCGUUGCGCUACGGCGCUACUCGACUUAUGAGAAAACGUCUACGCAAAUCCUAUCGAAGCUCUUUCCCCAAACCUUUGCUGAGCUCAACGACGAGGAGAGUCGGAAGCGUCGCUUCAACUCACUAAUGCAGGAAUACCUAGCCCGGACCUGAUAUUCGGUGAACCACUUUCAACGAUUUAUACAGGAGCCGUCAAGUCAGAAGCUACUUCCUGAACCUCUUCAGGCUCCUUACGUGCAGCCGCCUUAUACCCUGGUCCUUGAGAUUAAGGACGUGUUCAUACAUCCUGAUUGGACCUACGAAACCGGCUGGCGCUUUAAGAAGCGACCCGGCGUCGACAUAUUUCUUAAAGAGUGUGCUAAGUAUUUUGAAAUCGUUGUUUACACGGCGGAGCAAGGAAUUACAGUGUUUCCACUGCUCGACGCGCUUGACCCAAACGGUUUUAUUAUGUAUCGUCUGGUUCGUGACUCAACACACUUUGUUAAAGGCCAUCACGUGAAGAAUCUUGACAAUCUGAACCGAGACUUAAAGCGUGUGGUGGUCGUGGAUUGGGACAGAAACUCCACCAAGUUGCAUCCUUCAAAUUGUUUCUCGAUCCCGCGAUGGUCGGGGAACGACAAUGACACGACUCUUUUUGAUUUUGUGUCGUUUCUGAGUGUCCUGGGCACCAGUGAGAUAGACGAUGUCCGGGAAGUGCUGCAGUACUAUAAUAAGUUUAGUGACCCCAUAUCUCAGUUCCGGGAAAACCAGCGUAAGCUUUGUGAGCAAAUGCAGGCUGAUGAACUGGAAAAUAAUAGCAAUUUUUAAAGAAGCUAAUUGAGUUCAACUAAUUUUGCAGUUGAUUGUCGCUCAAUUUUCUCCCCAACUUUUUCAAUCCACUUGUUAUUGUUAUGGUUAGGAUUCUCAUAUGUACAUCGUUUUUCUAGUUCACCGCUCCACAUUUUGGUCGCGUUAUCAAUGUAAGCCAUGUUUACACCCUUUAUACGUUAAUCCAUCUUUUAAUUUUAAGAUUUAUUUAAACAUUUUUCAUAAAAAGUUCUUAAAGUUUUCGAAAUUAUUAGUUUGAUGUUUUAUUACAUUUUAUUUUUUAAUAAUAUGAACAGAGCCAGUUAAUAAGUUAAAAUUUUGACAAUAUCUAAAAAACGCUUUAAGAUAAAUAUAGUCGUGUUUUAAAUUUUUAUACAAUAUACAAAGAAAAUAAAAAUUUCUAUUGCACUGCA